UAAUAAUUAUUACAUCGGAAGUUAUACAGAUAACAAAACUUAAAUUUUAUAAUCAUGUUGUAAAAAUUUCCAAUUUUUGAGAGCUUGUGAAGUUCAAUUUUUUGUAAUUUGUAAUAUAUGUACUCAGGUAACUGGAUACAAAUGAUACAAUCAGUACCUUAUUAUUUGUGUAAAUAUUUCACAUCUCAUCAGCAAGUAAAUAAGUAAAACGAAAACAAAUAUCUGGGACUCCAAAAAUUCGAAGACAACAUCCUCACAGAAAAAACAUCACAUCUUCAACUCGCCGAAAAAAUGUAUCUGCACUUGUAUAUAGCGAUAUUUUUCUUGAUAUUUUUUUUGAAUAGUAAUCCGGUAGCAGAAUCCGCCAAAAUACUGGGUAUUUUUCCAACGCGAAGUAGAAGCCAUCAUUCGAUAAACCAACCAAUUGUCAAAGGCUUAGCCUCUAAAGGUCACCAAGUCACCAUAAUUAGCCCUUUCAAAUCAAAUGACAACAUACCAAAUUAUAGGGAAAUUCUCAUCACACAGACAGAGGAACUUUCGGACUGGGUAGACGGUAUCGCAAUUGAAGAUACCGUUAAUUACGUGGGAGCUCGAAAACUUGUGAAAAUAUCAGCUUAUGUGGAAUUAUCCAACUGCGAUAAGGUUCUCGGUUUGGAAUAUGUAAAACAAUUAAUACAUUCUAAAAAUAAUGAAAUCGAUUUAAUUAUGGUGGAAGUUUUCCAUGUUCAGUGUUUUCAUCUAUUAGCUUAUAAAUUAAACGUCCCUUUGAUAAUUGUCCAACCCUUAAGCAAUGAAAUGGGAGCAGACUAUUUCGUUGGAAAUCCAUCCGUUCUAUCUACUACACCAGUGUGCGUUACUGCGUUUACAACGAAAAUGAAUUUUUGGCAACGUUUUGAGAAUGUUUUUCAGUAUAUGGUAAUAUACUGGUAUCAUCAUUUCGGACACAAUAAAGAUAUGGCCGUAUAUGCCCGUAAACAUUUCAAUAUGGAACUGCCGACAGAUGAAGAGCUUCAUAGAAGAACAGCUUUGGUCUUGAAUGACAAUCAUCCGAGUUUCAUCUCAAGACCAAAAUCUCCAAAUGCUAUUGAUAUAGCCGGAAUACACAUCAAAGAACCAAAAAAAUUACCCAAGGAUGUAGAAGAAUUCAUCGAAGGAGCUGCUCAUGGAGUAAUUUUCUUUUCUUUUGGAACCACAAUUAAAGCAAGCAGUAUAUCACCUGAAAAAAUGAGAGCCAUCAAAGCAGCCUUUUCAGCUAUACCUCAAAGAGUUCUAUGGCGAGUAAACGAUUUGAACAUAUCUGAUGUUCCUCCAAAUGUCAAAUUAGGUAAAUGGUUUCCUCAACGAGAUGUAUUAGAGCACAAGAAUGUAAUCGCAUUUAUUAGCCAUUGCGGUCUACUUGGAACACUGGAAGCUAUUCACACUGCAACUCCAGUCAUUGGAAUUCCCUUCGCAUUCGAUCAAUUCCAAAAUGCCAAAAUAUUAGUCGAACGUGAAGUGGGUAUCGAAGUUGACUAUUUUGAAAUGAAUAAAGAUACUCUCAUCGGUGCCAUUAAAGAAAUCACUACAAACACCAAAUACCAAGAGAAUAUCAUUAGGUGGUCAAAUAUUUUCAAAGAUAGACCCACGUCUGCUCUGGAUGAAGCGUUGUAUUGGACAGAAUACGUAUUAAAGCAUCGAGGAGCUCCACAUUUGAGAACAGCAGCCGCUGAUAUGCCAUUCUAUCAGUACUUUCUGUUGGAUGUACUCGGAUUUGUACUUCUUAUUGUCAUAAGUUUUUUGUACUUCACGAAAUUAUUUUUCAAGUGCAUUAUUUCCCUUGUAUGUCGGCAGAAACCAAAGAAAAAUAAAACCCAAUAAAACCUU